CCUGCAGCCCCUUGCCAAAGGUCUGUGCUUUUUUACUUGCUAUCUCUGUCUUACAGAACAACCAUGAGCUAUUCCAGGUCUGUGUAUUCUUCAUCAGUGAUGGGAGGGGGUGCCUACCGACCCUUGAGCAGUGCAGCACGCCUGAGGCCAGGUAGUAGUGCUGCCAGUGUCCAUGCUGGUGCAGGAGGCUCAGGUGCCCGGAUCUCAGUAUCCAGGGUGUCUACUGUGGGUUCUGGGUUUGGUGGUGGCUUUAGCUAUGGUGGGGUACCAGCAAGUGUGGGAGCAAGUCUGGUGUCUGGGGUGCAGAAUGAGAAAGAGACCAUGCAGUCUCUCAAUGACCGCCUAGCAUCCUACCUGGAUAAGGUGCGCAACCUGGAGGCAGCGAAUCAGAAAAUUGAGUUACAGAUCCGUGAGCAUAUGGAAAAGAAGGGACCCACUAAAGACUGGUCUCCAUACUACAAAAUGUUGGAAGAUUUGCGCAAACAGGUUUUUGAUAGCACAGUAGACAACUCCCAGCUGGUUCUGCAAAUUGACAAUGCGCGCCUUGCAGCUGACGACUUCAGAGUAAAGUUUGAAUCAGAGCUGGCUAUUCGUCUGUCAGUGGAGUCUGAUAUUACCGGCCUUCGUAAAGUUAUUGAUGAUACCAACCUGUCUAGGCUGAACCUAGAGAAUGAGAUAGAGUCUCUCAAAGAAGAAUUGAUUUUCCUAAAGAAGAACCACCAAGAUGAAGUUAAUGAGCUGCAGGCACAGGUUGCUAAUUCUGCAGUAACAGUUGAACUAGAUGCCCCCAAUACACAAAACCUUGGCAAAAUCAUGACAGAUAUUCGGGCACAAUAUGAAAAUUUGGCACAAAAGAACCGUGAAGAAGUAGAAAAUUGGUAUCAAUCACAGGUGGAAGAGCAUACAAUUCAGAUUGAACAAGAUACACAAGAGUUACAGUCUUCAAGGACAUCUGUGACUGAAUUAAAACGCACAUUACAAUCCCUGGAAAUUGAAUUAGAUGCUCUGCGCAACCAGAAAGCCAACUUGGAAAGUAACUUGCAUGAAAAAGAAGCACAUUAUGGAUAUGAGCUGGAAUCUAGGGCGGCGCUUGCCUCAAGGCUGGAGGCUGAGCUAAUACAAGCGCGCAGUGAAUGUCAGCGACAGGCACAAGACUACCAGACACUACUCAACAUCAAGAUGAAGCUAGAGGAAGAAAUCCAAACAUACAGACGUCUCCUUGAUGGAGAUGACUUUGACCUUAAAGACGCCCUCACUGCCCAAACAACACAGACGGUGAAGAAAGUCAUCACAACCACACAAAGAAUUGUAGAUGGAAAAGUUGUGUCAGAAAGUAACGACACAAAAGUCCUUCAGUCCUAGCUAAGUCCUAAUGCUUGGAGACCCCUAUAUGUUUCAUGCUCAAUGCAUUUCAAUUAAUAAAGAAGCCAAGCUUAACUAUCAA